CCAGCAGCAGCAGCAGCAGCAGCAGCAGCAGCAGCAGCAGCAGCAGCAGCAGCAGCAGCAGCAGCAGCAGCAGCAGCAGCAGCACCAGGUUCUUUUCUGCGGCUGGGAGCAGCAGACAGGAGCUAAAUAG